GCAGCACGGGAUGCCUUCAGGUUGGGCUCUCCAUGGCGCCGAAUGGAUGCCUCUCAUCGUGGCCUGCUGCUUAACAAGUUGGCUGAUGCUAUUGAGAGGGAUUCCGCCUACCUCGCUGAACUGGAGACUCUGGAUAAUGGGAAGCCAUUUGCUGAAUCCUUUUCUGUGGAUGUUCCAAUGGUGAUUAAAUGUCUUAGGUACUAUGCAGGUUGGGCUGACAAGUGUGAGGGUAAGACCAUCCCCAUUGAUGGAGAUUAUUUCUCUUACACCAGACACGAACCUGUUGGAGUCUGUGGACAAAUAAUACCGGUGGGUUUUCCUGAAGGGGUUGUGAAUAUCUUGCCAGGGUUUGGACCAACAGCUGGUGCUGCCAUUGCAAAGCAUAUGGAUGUGGACAAGCUGGCCUUUACUGGAUCCACAAAUAUCUUUGGUCCAGUGAUGCAGAUCUUAAAGUUUUCAUCCCUGGAGGAAGUAAUAGAGAGAGCUAAUGACACUAAAUAUGGACUGGCAGCUGCUGUUUUUACAAAGGACCUUGAUAAAGCCAACUAUGUUUCCAGCAGCCUCCGUGCUGGCACAAUUUGGAUAAACUGCUAUGACGUGCUUUCGCCUCAGGCCCCGUUCGGGGGUUACAAAGCCUCAGGGAAUGGCAGAGAGCUGGGAGAGUAUGGUCUUGAAGCCUACACAGAAGUUAAAACG